AUGGCAGAUAAGGGCAAUGUCACGGUAGCCAUCACAAAGCAACAAUAUGAAGAGAAGCUCUUGAAUAUCGUCGAGGACACCAACGUUUAUAAGAAAUUAAACUCAGACCCCACAUCGAGGUAUCAGACAAGGAACAACAGCCUUGUCAAGGAUCUCAAAGACCAAGCAUACAUCAGUGCCACCACGGCGAGACAAUUGAAUAACUACAAAGGCAUUUCCCCCACUAUCUACGGUCUACCAAAGAUCCAUAAAGAGGCAACUCCUCUCAGACCUAUCGUCUCCACCAUUAAAUCCCCAACAAGUGAACUUAGCAAGUUUGUCGCCGACAUCCUCAAGUCAGCUUUCAAGGACGACUUCCACACUUGGGCAGUCAAGGAUUCUUUCGAUUUUGCGGAGAAGGUCAACAAUUUGCAGAUUCCUCCAGACCAUGAGAUCCUUUCGUUGGAUGCUAUCAGUCUUUUCACCAAUAUUUCCUGGGAGUUAACGGAGAAGAUAAUAGUAGACAAUUGGAGCAGGAUUGAGGCCGUCACGAACAUUCCUAGGCCUAAAUUUGUUAACCUAUUGAAGUUCCUGUUCGAUUCCAACUAUUUCAAAUAUAAAGGCGAAUUUUACUCUCAAAUCUUUGGGUGCCCAAUGGGCAGCAUCCUCAGCCCAACUUUGGCAGCUCUGGUGAUGACGGUGUUGAUCGGUUACUGCCUUGGCAAACUAUCUUUCAUUCCAGCAUUCUUGUUCCAGUAUGUUGAUGACAUUAUAUUGGCCAUUCCUUCAAAUAUGAAAGAAGAACUCCUAAGGAUCUUCAACUCCUUCAACCCACAUAUACAGUUUACCAUAGAAGAAGAGAAAGACAGAUUUGUCCCAUUCCUGGAUACCAAAGUGAUACGUUCUGAGGACAACACAGCAAAGCUGGAUUGGUACAGAAAGCCGACCAGCUCAGGAAGAUAUGUCCACUUCAAUUCAAGCCAUGAUUGGCAAAUGAAAAUCAACGUUGUUAACAACCUAAAGAACAGAAUAAUAGGCCUUACUCACAUGGAUUUCAAACAGAGUGCUCUGAACAGAUUAUAUGACAUCCUAAAAGAUAAUGGAUAUCCCCACGGCCUGCUUAAGAAGUUGAUAUUCUCGACAUCCAAUCGACGGAUCUCACCUGAUCCUCCCGAACAUCCUCCUACUACACUGCCUCAACAAAGACAGGACGCUCCCCACGAGAGCUCACAUGUCAGCCAAAUAAAGUUUGCAUCUCUGCCCUCAUUGCCUGGUUUGACCAGUAAACUGGUUCACAUUUUUUCCUCUAUUAGCAACGUGAAAAUUGCCAGAUAUAACGUUUUCCCCAAUAAGUUUCUUUUCACCAAUCUCAAAGACAGAGCGGACGUUCUUUCCAGCUCUGAUUGUGUCUACUCAGUGAGAUGUUUAGACUGUGAUGGGGUCUAUAUCGGACAAACCUCCCAAUCCCUAAAAAGAAGAUUCGCGGUUCACAAAAGCGACGUCAGACUACACCCUGACAGAUGUGCCCUUGCUUUGCAUGCUGCGAGAACUGGUCAUAUUUUCGAUUUCGAUAAUCCGAAGAUACUGUAUUCUUGCUCAAAUAACACCAAACGGGUUUUUUUGGAAAUGUGCUAUAUUAAUGAGCAAUCAAAUCCUAUCAAUAAGCGUACCGACAUUAAGGGUCUUAGUAACAUUUAUAAUUAUUUGCUCGCUUUGGACUCCAAAAGCGACAUCUCUCCUCAACUUUCACAAACUUUAUAA